AUGCCCAACGCAAACCGUCUCGCACCUUGCAUGCAGCAGUCCCCCCUUCGAAACCACGGCUGCAGCGAAUCACCUCUAGCCCCUUGGUCUGGCCCUAACCCACUUUCUGUGGCCGCACAGCUGCAUUCGCCUCGCUGUCGUCCGCUCUGCUCGUCGUUUUGUCUUGUGGCUCCGUCACCUGAGCGUAUCUGCGUGUCGACUGCCACGACUAUGACCGCCGCCGCCGCCGUCGCCGCCGUCGCCGCCGUCAAUUUUGUCGAGACCAGUGCACCGGUUCCUGUGCCUCCCACCUCCCACCGCACUCUCUCCGCCAGCCCCCCCAAGCUCCUCUAUGAAAUUUGA